GGUGGUGCCGCCCCGCGGGGGCGGGCGGGGGCCGGGGCGAGCCCCCCCCCUCCGGUCCCUCCUUCCCCUCCCCGCCCCGGCUGCACGGGCGGAGCGCUCUCCCGGCGGGGCUGCGCCGGGCCAUGGAGCAGCACCUGCGGCGGCUGAGGCAGGAGCUGCUGUCCAUGAAGGAGGUGGGAGACGGGCUGCACGAGCAGAUGAACUGCAUGAUGGGCGCGCUGCAGGAGCUGAAGCUGCUCCAGGUCCAGACGGCGUUGGAGCAGCUGGAGAUCUCAGGGAGUCGAAGCACCAGCGCGGAGCAGCACCCGUGCUGCCGGAGCAGUGGAGCAGGGCCACGGGGCCGGGCAGCAGCAGGGGGCUGCAGCCCCACAUCCCUCACCUGCGUGGUGCCACAACCAGCCAGCUUGGCCCAUCCCACUGUGCUCCCAGAGAGCGGCCACCUUGGGGACACCUCUUCCUCCUCCUCCUCUUCUUCCUCCUCUAGGAGCACCUGCGGCAAGGAUGCCUCCCACACAAAGGGACCUUCCUCGGCCCCAGCCAGAGCAGAGCACGUCCACCCAAGGACAUUCGAGCCCAGCAGCCAGGGCAUGGCUGGGAGGUGGCCGGCACACCAGGAGUGCCCGGGGUGUGAGGACAGCCACGACUGGACGUCCUCCCUGAUGUCCCAGAGCAGGAACCGGCAGCCUCUGGUCCUAGGGGAUAACAUCUUCGCAGACCUGGUUGGGAACUGGUUGGAUCUGCCAGAGCUGGACAAGAAAGGGGAGAAGAGCGAGGCCUCCCUGUCUGCCAGCAGGUCCCAGGAGCUCUGCAGGAAGUUCUCCCUCACAGCCAACAUCUUCAAGAAGUUCCUGAGGAGCGUUCGGCCAGACCGAGAUAGGCUUCUCAAGGAGAAACCUUGCUGGCUACCGCCUGAAGACAAACAGCCCGAAAUUUCCAAAAGACCCAAAAAGACGAACAAACUCAAGGGGACAUUUUACUUCCCACUCCAUGGGAACAUCCAGAACCACCACAGCAAAGUGGAGAGGUGCCCAAAGGGGGAAGGCAGCAUCAAGAAACCCAAAACUGGCACCAAGAAAGUCCACGAUACCAUAGACUACACCCAAUCCGGGUUUGAUAUCAAUACAGCCGUUUGGGUCUGAGUUUGUCGUGUCCCCUGCUCUGCCAAGCAUUUCUUGCACCAGGGAGGAGCUGAGGCCGUGCACUUCUCAGGAGUCCCCCAAGCUCUCGGCUGGGACCGAAAAGUCUCUGAAGUGUGCCAUGCCGUGGCUGCAAUCCCCUGCACGUGGCAUCUCCCAUCGAGCUGCAGCUGGCUCAGCCCCACACACUGAGGCAGCCCGUGGGGACCAAUAUUUGCAGAAAUAAUCAGAAUUGUUGGCAGCUUUUAGGGUGAGCGGUGCCACCGAUAGCAGCUCCUGGAGCCUGCCUCGUGACAGCACCUUCAGGCCCCCUCAGGUCAUCUCCAGUUACAGUACCUGCAGCACAAAAUUCACUGUAUGCGUGUGUAUGAGUGUGCAAAUAUAUAGUUUUUUAAAAAUUCUGCUUGUGUGCACUUAAAACCAGGUUGUAAACCUGGCAAUUCUAGCAGUGAUCCUGAAGGACUUGUUAUUUAAAUUUUAGAAAAAAAUGAGUGCUGCCACCUAAAUUUCAACAAUUGCUACAUGCAGGUGUUGAAUCCCAGCUCUGUUGCAUUUCAGCUGUUUCUCGUCCCCCUGAGCUGCAUCUCCACUGUGCUCAUAGCACAAAUUCCCCCUCCUGCUAAACCAGCAGGGCCGGAGGCUCCUUCAUGGACAUCUGUGACACUUGGAAACUCCAGCCGCUUUUGCCUCUUUCCAUGCCCUUCUCCCCCGGGCUCACAUUGAGAUACAGCAUUGCCACAGAUGUUUAUUGUUAACUUUGCACUGUGACACAGAAUUGCAAGAGACAUUUGUUGUUGUUGUUUCCCCUGUUGUUGUGUACAAACCCUGUCCUGAAAGAACCAAGUUCUUCAGCAGCCAGCUCUCCAAGAGCUACAAAUAAAGCAGCAUCAUCCCCGUGUGCUGUGGAGCA